GUGAACCACAGACGCUGCCAAAAAGUGAUGAAGGUGCAUAGACUGAAACAAGCCUCGGAAAUGAGAAGAGACUGAAAGAGGAAGGCUGGAGUAAAGCAUGAGAUCUUUACUUGAGUUGCAUCGGAGCACCUGACACUGUGGGAACCCCCUGAUUUGAGAUGUUUCACUGCACUGAAUCUGAUUUAGAGAACCAAGACCACCAACCGACCUUCUCUCCCCUCCAGUGUACUCGACGCCUUAAAGGGGAAGGUAGGUAGGAAGCAAAAAGUCGAAAGAGGAAGCAGCAUGUAGCAAAGAAGCUCCAACCUCAACUUCUGUUUUUAUUAAUAAUGAUGUGCUCGGAGGAACAUUUCAUACUCCGAUCGGCUGCAACCGGAAGAUGAUGAGAGGUUUUCGGAGACUGUCCAUUAUGAAGUCUAACCACGGCUGGACGUUCCUGCAUGUGUCCAUCUUGGCAGGGCUGCUUCUCACCUUAAACGCUGACAGUAAUGAUGCAGACUGUUACGUUGAUCUUAGAGUGCCCCAAAAUACUGUUUAUGAAGCUUACCGAGGAGAAGACCUCAGGAUUAACUGCACAGUUGGUUUCUGCGAUGGUUCACCACCAAUAGUCACCUGGUACAAACGUGAGAAAACUGAUGUCGCUAUCGAUGUCAACAGUAGCAGUCACUUUAAAACCGAGUGGGAACUUUUAGAAAAAUUGGAGGGGAUAUCAUUUCUGAUCUUCCAAAAAAUACUCAGAAAUGAUUCGGGGCAAUAUCAGUGUGGAAGCGGAGGCACUGUGAGUCAUAACAUCAACGUCUCUGUCUCUGAUCUCUGCUCUGCUUGCUCUAAAGAUGAUGGACGGCCUAAAAAUGACACACAGAAGAAUAGCACAGAUACUAUCACUUUGGUCCAUGAACCGACAUCAAGUCUACAGAUGUACUUCUACUUUGCUGCUGGGAUUGUGGCUUUCGUCAUCAUAGUGAUAAUUAUAUCCAUCGUAUCAAUGCAAGGGUGUAAAGGGAAAUCAAAGAAAAAAGGGCAGACUGAAAAUCAGUAUGUGGCAGUCCCCAUGGGGCCCUUCCCACAUGUAAGCCCCCAGCCUUCGCCAAGAGGAAGCCCCUCUGUGCCGCCACCUCGGAGAUCCACCCGCAGAAAGCCCCCGCCCUCACAACCCAAUGAACUGCCAUUACCAAGAGACAAUGAGCAUGUUUACGGCAUAAAAGAGAACAGAGAGAGACAGACGACAACAGUGGACGACGAGGGGUGUUCACUUGUGUACGCGGCACUCAACCAUCAGGUUCCAGCGAGGCCUGUUGCCCGGCCACGGAGGCCGAAGGAGGAGGAGGCUUCAGAGUACGCGGCUAUCCGUGUUAAAGACCUAUCAACCACAAGUCAACAACUCAAUCACUUCAAAGCGGACGACAGCUCACAUUAAGUGGAGUAAUGUGUCCUUGAUGUUGGAGGAGGGAGAUUUACCCUCUGAAAUCUGGAUUAACAUCACCUUUCACAUGUAUUUAAACCUUUGAACCAAAAGCACAUUGGUUUGAUUUCUCUCAGAAACAUAGGCAUGAAAGGCAAUGAGCAACUGGGCAAGAUGUGUCAAAUUGCAAGAUUUAGAAGAUUUAGAUUUAAAAAAUUUAAAAAAAAGAAAGAAAAAAGAUGGCAAUUC